AUCUGCUGUGGUAACAUUGUUGGAUUCUAGUGAAGACAUAUUGUCCUGGCUGUUACUGAUUGUGUUUUUAUGCUGGAAUCUAGACAUCUGGGCUUGGGAUAAAUAGAGAUCUGGGUGACGGCAUCUGUUUUUGUGUCUGUUGGUGAGUAUUUUUUUUCCUUGGUUUCUGCUUCCUCCUUUUGAUAUAGGAAGUUGUGGUGGCUAUGUGCUGACAGGUAGGAAAUUUUCUGACAUCCUGCUUUCCUGGACUGCUCAGCUGGUGUGUUUCCAGGGUAUAUCUGCUAGUGUUGGAAGCUGGGUUGAUGAGAUAAGUUUGGGUUAGGAAGGUUGGAGAAGAUCUUUGUGAUCCACUGUGGAUAGGGUCAGAGAUUAAUAAGCAGAUUACAGUAGGUUUUCUGCCGCAGAGCUGGAAAUGAGAGUAGGGCUUGGAUUGGAGGAACAGAAGUCCUCCAGGUCCUAUCGUGGCCCCAGGUUCGCAGCAGACUCGCAUUGUGAUUGGGUGGGUCGCUUGGGGCCAAGCGUGCACUCCGGCGAAGGUGAGAGCAGCUGAAAAGUUGGAGCCCAAUCAGCGCGGAGUUGAGCGCUCAUACCCCAACCUUCAGGUGACCCCGCGUGGCGGCGGCGGCAGCAGUAGGCAGAGGCAGCGGCAGUGGUAGCGGCGGCUGCAGCGACCAGAGCCCGCAGCGGCUCCGAGCGCCUCCGGCAGGACAAGAGGCGAGCUCGGAGGAUCGUCAUCUGCUAGCUGUCCACCAGCUUCGGCAGCCAGGGGCUGGCUUGAAAGAAGCGGGCGAGCCCGGAGGCUGCUUGCUUCCUUGGCUCCGUACCCGGCAACACUGUUGCAGGCUGGGCUCCGGGCAGCCCCCAGAGUGCGGGCCCGCGCCACCGCCUUUGAACGCUGGGGGUGUGCGUGGCAGCGGCCGCGGUGGCGGCGGCGGCGGCGGCGGUGACCGGAGCGGCGAGUCGGUGCCGCCCGGGCUGCGCUUCGCCUCGGCAGCUUUGGCGGCGAGGGCGCCCGUGGCUCAGGAUGCGACCCGGGGGUACGCUGUUCGCCCUGGUAGGCAGCCUGAUGCUGCUGCUCCUUCUGCGUCUGUUCUGGUGCCCAGCCGACGCGCCCGCCCGCUCCAGGAUGUUGGGGGAGGAAAGCAGAGAGGAGACCGGCGGUACCUCGGCUGCACUGAAGACGCUCUGGAGCCCUACGACCCCAGUGCCACGCACCAGGAACAGCACAUAUCUGGACGAGAAGACACCCGAGACUGCAGAGAAAUGCAAAGGCCUGAAAUAUAGCUUGGACUCUUUAGCUAACAAAACGAGACGGUACUCUGAGGAUGACUACCUCCAGAUCGUCACAAACAUUCAGAGAUGCCCGUGGAAACGCCAAGCAGAAGAAUAUGAAAAUUUUAGAGCAAAACUAGCUUCCUGUUGCGAUGCCAUUCAAGACUUCGUGGUUUCCCAGAACAACACUCCAGUGGGAAGUAACAUGACCUACGAGGUGGAAAGCAAGAAACAAAUCCCCAUUCGAGAGAACAUUUUCCACAUGUUUCCAGUGUCACAGCCUUUUGUGGACUAUCCCUACAACCAGUGUGCAGUGGUUGGCAAUGGGGGAAUUCUGAACAAGUCUCUCUGUGGAGCAGAAAUUGACAAGUCUGACUUCGUCUUCAGGUGUAACCUCCCCCCCAUCACAGGGAGUGCUAGUCAAGAUGUUGGAAGCAAAACGAAUCUUGUGACUGUCAAUCCCAGCAUCAUAACCCUGAAAUACAAGAAUUUGAAGGAGAAGAAAGCACGGUUUCUGGAGGAUAUUUCCGCCUAUGGGGACGCAUUCCUCCUUUUGCCAGCCUUUUCCUAUCGGGUCAACACCGGCAUCUCUUUUAAAGUCUACCAAACACUCAAAGAGUCUAAAGUGAGGCAAAAGGUUCUCUUCUUCCACCCCAGGUACCUGAGACACCUCGCUCUUUUCUGGAGAACUAAAGGGGUGACUGCGUACCGCUUGUCCACGGGCUUGAUGAUCGCGAGCAUCGCGGUGGAACUGUGUGAAAAUGUCACGCUCUACGGAUUCUGGCCGUUCUCUAAGACCGUCGAAGAAAUUCCUCUGAGCCACCACUACUAUGACAACAAGCUACCUAAGCACGGUUUCCACCAGAUGCCUAAGGAAUACAGCCAAAUGCUCCAGCUCCAUAUGAAAGGGAUCCUCAAACUGCAGUUCAGCAAAUGUGAAGCCGCUUAGCGUUUCUUAAAGUGCGAACCAUUUCAGUAGGUGGAGUGGGUGCAUCGCAGUGUCUCCAAACGUGGAUGGAGAAAGGCACAGAACAUGGAGGAUUGCACAAGAGCUCCCCGACUUGGCUAGACCAAAGCCCGCCCCCGCCCCCGCUACCUUUGCAGCCCCCACGAGUCACUCAUUCUAACCUUCAAUGUUCUUUCUCUGAGAAUGGAGGUCACGAUAUCAGACUCCGACAAGUAAAAUGAGAUCAUGUUUAAAUCGGCCAUAGGAUUUGAUCUGAGGCAGCGACUCGAGGAGUGCUUCCUCGUUCCUAUUCGUGGUAGCCAUUCCCGCCAUUAUCAGAGUGGUGACGAAACUGUGCAACUGUGCCAAAGAGCCCUUCUGAAGAGAAUGUCCGCAUCAUGAGGGUGCACCGAGCUCUCCCUCACAGCCCUUCCUUUAUCAAUAACCUUUCCACUAUCCUCCCCCUCCCAAAUGAGUACCGAAACAAAACACCCUUGAUGAUUCAGGAAGAAAACCCUUUUCUACUUAGCAAUGUGCCUGCUUCUGACUCGGUUCACUUGUGAUGUAAUCUGCGCUGAGGUGUUGGUGGGAUUUGGGGCGUUUCCUCGCCUCUUUCGUCAAUACUUUGCCUACCUUUAUCAGUUUGUGCUAGAGCUUCCUUCUCUGGGGUUCUCUUCUUUGGGGUUCUGCUCCCCCUCCACACACACCGACAGGAUCCACUCAAUGACAUAAAGUAGUUCCAGUAUCUGCUACUUCUCACAGGUUAUCAUAUCCAGGAAGUUACCCGGCCGACUUUUUUUUUUUAAUAGUAAACAUCUAUUGGAUAUCAGACCUGGGGACUGUUGGAGGAUAUGAAGAGAUUGUCACUGGCAGAAGAGCGAGUGUGUACCAUUAAUUGAUAAGACACGGUAGCAGGCGCCAUCGUGACAGUUAUGAGCACAGUGCUGGAAGGAUCAUAGGCAGGAACAGUUAAAUCUGAUUCCAGUAGAAUCAAUGCCAAUAUGUCUAUUUCAGGGAAGAGUUGAUUUCACAAUUAAAACUAGAAAACGAACCAAUUCUUAGCAAGUUAAGUGGAUUCGGGGUAAAAAAAAAAAAAUGGAACAAGAGGAGAAGGCGGUUUCCUCGACUAUGAUUUUCCAAAUGAGUAUGCUGAUAGUAGACUGUGAGGUUGCCUGACACACUCUGUGUUAGGAGAGAGUACAGGGCAUGGGGGUGGUAGCUUUUUGUCCACACUGGUGAAGAAGUGUGAGUAAUUCAGAGCCAAUCACUUCACAAGGAAGGCUUAGGAUAGCAGCGCCUGACACAUUACUCCAGGGAAAGAUGAACGUUUUCAUGAAAAAUUGCACUCAUUGGCUAAGCAUCAGUCUUGAGUAAAAUUUGAAUAGAUGUUAAAUAUGAGCAAUUUACACCCCUUACGUCCCAGGGAUACCCCUUAAUGUAAGCACAUUUCUUAGGUUAUUUGACUUAUUACAUAUUUAUGUGUGUACAUUCUUGUUCAUCCACGGAUGUUCCCAAGAACUAGGAGUCUAGGAGAUGCGGUCCACUUGCCAAGAAAACUAUAAAUUUUACUCUUUACCUCUCACCUGAGCCAGCGCAUUAUUCACUGAUACUUUCUUGAAGGAAGAUUACCCUGUGAAUUCUUCAUUCUGAUACAGUGUCACCUUGUAUUUGACAUUUGUAACGUGUCAAGUUUGCUUCUCUUUCGUUCUUUUAUAGCCAAUCAAACUUGUUAGCUUUAGAAAUAUAUCAGAAGUUCAUAUAUAAAUAUUUUGCAAAGGGUAAAAAGGCUUUUUGUUAAAUAAAAUCAAAUGUAUUUAUUACCUUCUUCUGGUGAAUAGAGGUUCUUUUAUGCUGCUGCUAAUGGGUUUAAUUAGCUUUAAAUAAUCUCCUAGCAACAUUGGUCAUGUUUCAAUCCCACUAUUUGCAAAGAAAUCCUUUAAAAAGUAGAUCAGAAAACUAUUAUUUUUAUAGUUAACAAAAAUGGUUUUUGAAAUAUUUUGUGCUAAGUAGAAACAAAGUCUUUUUGGUGGUCUUGGCAAUAUAUGACUGGUGAUCAAAGGUCAGAUCACCAGUAUAAAUUAUUAAAUAGUCAAUGUGGAGAUGUUACAAAUUACUUUAGCAAAAAUUAUGUCUUGUCCGGACGUUUUGAGCUUACUUAGUGUUUUCCUAUAUAAGAUGCUAUUUUAACUCCAGAAUUUUUUUUCUCUAGAAUAUCAAAACAAACAGACAACAACUCCAGUGUCACACACAUGGGUUUCAGAAAUUCUCAAAAUAAUGUGAGGUUAAUAUCACGACGACAACCCCCUUUCAACGUAAGUCAGUAGGAAAAGGAAUUCCUGGAAUUCCUAGAAAAGCACAGACUUCUUCACAUAUGCAGAUCAUCAGUUUAUUUCUUGUUUCUUGUUUAUGCUGCCAAACCUGUGCACGCUGGAAACUUUACCAGAACUCUACCUGGAUUAACGUAGGCAGUAGUCAGAAUUCGCCCUGAGAAUUCUGGUGUGCUGUGUUUAGUUCUCAUGUUGCUUAGUCUGUAGAGGUACAAGUGGAGUUUGGAGAGGAGGAUGAUGGUGGUGGUGGUGGUGGUGGUGGUGGUGAUGAUGAUGAUGAUGAUGAUGACUUGGUCCUUUGAUUGUAGUGUGACACUUUCAGCAAAUCACUGCCAUGGGACAAAAAGAACUGUGACUGAUAGUUAACAGUUCCCAAGGCCAACAUGCUCUUUGUAAAAACUGGUGUUUUGUGCUGUGAACUGGAUGUGUCAUAGCCACCUGUAUGUCUCCAACGUGUUCCUCCUUUGCUUCUCCUUCCCAGAUGAGUCUGUAGUUGUGAUCUUACCAUAAUCCCAGGCUUCUGGCUAUCACGCAAACUCUCUCUAGAAGAGACCACAUCGAAUAGAGGCAGGUGACUCAUCCAUGUCAGGAUAUUUCCUACCUGAGUCAACAUGGCUUUUCCUUUGUCCCCCUGCGAUCUGCCAAUAAUACCCUUUAUUUCUUUCCCAAACCAACAUGACCAAACACAUUAUGAAAUGUCCUAGCAUAUUAAUUAAAAUAAUUCAGUAGUACAUCAGUAUAUUUAGCCACAUAGAUGGCCACAUAAUGGGGGAUCACAAUAUCUCGACUUUCCACCAAGAUCCAAACACAAAGAUAGCCAUCAAAGUCCUUCUAGAUUAACCGUAUGGAAUCUUAUAACACUGUCAAAGACUGUGUGGCAAGCAUUGUGUGUCUGCUGGUGAGUGGAUUGAAUCUUAUGUUCUACUCUUGCAUUGCAUGUCAUCUAUAGCCAUUAAACAUAGGUAGUCUAAAUAUUGGUGCUAGGUAAUGGUAGACUUUCAGUUAGGAGUUUUAGGAUACCACAUGCUUCGAGGCUCUAAGAGAAAGGUACUAGCUUUCUUGAUUUCAUUUCCCGUGUUGUUUGGCAGCAUUGAUCAAUGUAACAGAACAAUAAAAUUCAAAAAUAAUUUCUUGCUAAAUUCAAAGGAAAAUACACAUCCAUAGUGCUACAUGCAAGAACUCUGUGGACAAAAAAAAGUAUAGUUAUUUUUUUUAACUUCCAGCAAAAGGAAAAGGCAGAGCAUGAGUUUUAUUUUAUCUGUACAUUUAAGCCUUGUAAAUAUGUGGACUUUAAACAGAUAGCCAAGACCAUGGUUCCCUGAGGACUUUCUUCAUAUGGAAUACUGUAUUGGGCCAUGAAUCAGACCCAUUUUUGCUUGAAUGCUUUUACUUGCUUCCAAAAAAAAAAUCUUGCUAGUUAAAUGUUGUAUCUUUCAUGUAUUCUGAAUCACUCCAGGAAAUUCAGAACACUUUGGAAAAAUUGAGAAAAAAUGCAUAUUACAGGUAUGCUAUGAUCUUAUGACUACUGCAGAAGUAUAAUUUUGAUGUAACAUAUACAAUAUUUUAUUUAUGUGAUAUAUUUAAAAACAUUAUUUUGCUAUUUAACAUUGAAGACAUUGCGAGAAUCUGUUAUAUCUGAUAGAUCUAGGAAGAGUCCUUCUCUAUUCUUAAUCCCCAAAUCCAACUGUGUUUAAUAUUUCCUCUUUAUGUGUGGUUCUGAAUGGGUGGAUAAAAAUACCUCUUGACCUUUUAUUAUUCUGGGUCAUUAUUCUUCUAGGAUCAUUCUUGUUUUUAUAAGACUACUCCAGUGGUGUAUGAUAAAGAUGUCACUGCUUGUGUGAUGGAGACAUUCAAACUCUUUAACGGAGAGUGUUAGAAUGCAGAUUAUUAUGUGGGAAGAAAUGUGUGCAUGCCUAGCACCGUGUGAGAUAAGAAGCCAGGCUCCAGAUAGAUUCCAGGAUAACAAAGUAAUAAUGUAAACUCCGAAGGGAGAAAAUACAUAGUUACAGAUUGUACUUCUGCAGGUGACAAAGGUAAUUAUUUUAAGUAACCAAGCUAAGAAAUGACAGGUGUGACUACAUUACAAUGAAAUAUUUCUACUCACUACAUGUCAUCUCAAUACUCAGGCUCAUGACCGACAUUUCAAGGGACUGUCCAUCAAAAACUAAAAUUUUCAAAUGAGCAAAUAUUAAUGCAGAUGCUGUUUAUAAAGGGAAGACAUGGGUAGCUAAUUAAAAUAAGAAAUGCUCAAAUUUAUUAGUAAACUGAAAAGUGAAAAUUGGAGUGAAUGCUACAUUGUUGUCUUGGUAAAAGUAAUGUGAUUCAUUCCCCGUGUUAGGAGUAAAACAUUUUGGAAAGUAGUUUGGAAGUGCUGAGUAAAAUUAGUCUUCACAGUUUUCCUAUGGCCCAGCCAUCUUACUUCAGGAUUUAUGUGCCAGAGAACUUCCAGGAGACAAAAAUUAAGGCAGACUAUUAGACAAUGACCUUUCCACCUUGGAAAGCUAAUGAGCUGGGUUUGCUGGGUCCAUAACAUAGAAACUAAUACAGCAGUUAGAAGCGACUUGCUAUAGUGAAAAUAAUGAUGGUUCUUAACAUUUUAGCAUAAAGGAGAAAUGAGCUAAAAACAAUGCCAUUCUCUUACCUUAUAGUAUAUACAUUACUGCAUAAUACCAAGAUCAUACAUCAAAUACAAGACUAGUAUCCACUUAGAAGAAGGAAAUGGGAUGGGCUUAGGGAUAAAACAUACGUCGUUACCUUUACCACAGCCAUGGGCACAUAAUUCUUGUCUCCCAUAAAGUAUUUGACUGACAUCAAAAUAGAAUCUGAGACACAAAACUGUAAUUUCCAGAAGGUUGCACUGUAGGAGUAGAGGUAGCAUCCACAUUUCCAUGUCUAACUAGAAAGACAUUUUCCCCAGCAUGCAAGCACAAAGGGAAAAGAAAAAUGAAGGCUGUCAUCUACAACCGCCCGCGUGCGUUCAAAGCACACAACUUGCAAAGUUUUGACUUGUGCACAAUCCUGAAGCCAUCUCCACUAUCAACGUGCAUAUCCAUUCCCCCCGAAAUGUUUCCCUGUACUAAUUUGUAAUCAGUUAAUCCUUCUUACUGCUUGACGUUUCUAUCCUACUUCCUAAGAACUCCCGAUCUGCUUUUUCUAUAGACUAGCUUACAUUUUUACAAUAUAGACUGUUUACAUUUUUUAAAUUUUGUAUAAAUGAAAUCAUGUUUAUGUACACUCAUGUGCUGUUUUGCUCUUUUUGUCAAGAUGAUACUAUUAAGAUCAAUUUGUGUUUCUGUCUCAAUAAUCAUUUUAAAUUUUUUUUCUGACUGUAAGUGUACCACAAUCUGUUUACACACUCACCUGUUUGUACACAACUUUGUCAUCUAUAGUUGUGGCUGCUACUAAUAAAGUUAUUGCCAACA